GGCGUCGUCAAACAUGGCAGUAGAGGGUGCGACCCAGGCCUUGAUCGCCACCUUCUCUUUUGGAAUUCUGUUAAACGCGGCCAUUUCGGCCCUCGUUCUUUUCAUCAAAGGCCAUGGCACGACGGUAUUCCGGGACGGCCCGAGGCUGGUCCUCCUAUUGUUUCUCUUCAGCUCGGCCCUGUGGGCUCAGAUCGACUUCAUUACCAUCAUUAUCGAUACUUCAAAAUCGUCGAUGCCAUGCCAGAUUGGCAUCGUUUUCUCCACCAUUUUCGACCAGCUAGCGAGGUUCUCGAUCGAACAGUACCUGUUAUGGGCCAUGAGCAGCAUCAGCACCAAGCUUACCGUGGCUCAGAUGGUCCCGCAGCUAUUGGUUCUCGUUCGGUUUGUUGCGGGAGCUGUGUUCGUGGGCUUUACUCGACCGCAAACCGAUGCAUUCUGUCUUGCCACGUCGUCGUCCCUCCCUGUUGCGAUUCUGGUCAUUGCGUUGGAUGCCGUGAUCCUCCUGCUCCUGUUUUGGAGGGCAUUCUCGACUGGGCUGGUCGCAAAUAUCCAGAAGCGGGGAUCUGGCUCGGGUCGGAGCAAAGCUCUCAUGCUCAUCAUGCUCGGGCUUGCCGUCUGGACUGCGACUAGCGUGACAUUGAUGUUGGGAAUGAGAUCCAUGGAUCUCAUUGCUAGGACCGCCGUCCCCGCAAUCGGCUUGACACUUUUGAUUACUGUCCUUACUGGGUGCGCUGGGUUACUGGCUUCCCUAAGAGGGUCGCAGUCUAGUCCCCCCGAAGCACCGUCGCCUAGACGUAUGAAUAUCAGCCGCGAUAUCUCUACUUCCGACUCCGAUUAUCCUCCUAGCCGCUACGAAGACAUCAAGGAGGCGGCUAUUCGAUCAUCUAAGACGUUUGUGAAUCCAAGAGAAGCGCCACUUGUCAAGGACGAGACCGGGGUCGGACUGCCAAUUGUUGCUCGGCCCAUCACCGGCGUGGCGGGGAUUGGCGGGGUUCCAAUACAAGGGGUGCUGUUUCCUCCACCACGACUAGAGGCAGUGACAGUGCCAGUCCCUGCCCGAAAGCUCGAGACUUCGGGAUCUCUUAGGUGGAAGAAGAAUCUGUUUGACUUUGGAAAAAGCGGCCCCGCUGCGGCGAUCUCGGCUGGAAGGAUAACCAUCAGCAACCCGAUUAUUCAAGACAACGACGACCCCCAGAAUCCGCUGAACAAAAUCCCCACCAUCGGCCUCGAGGAGGCUGUCAAGGCCGAAAGGGAAAGGAGAGCCGGAAUGCCAGUGGACUCGGAUCCGGUAGUUAAGCGGCCGGCUCCUCCGCCACCCAGCGUGACUCCCGAGGAGGCCUUGAAGAGGGCUGUAAGUGUCAAGAGAAAGGAAGUAGCGUCCAUCUCUUCGCAGCCGAGCAUGAUGGUCUCUAUGGCCCUCCAACCCGAUGCCGGCGGGAUAAGCACGUCAGCACAGCUUUCACCUGGCGGUGACGAAGUCCGCCGAAGAUCCCCACGGCAAUCCACUCAAUAUCAGCAGCUGUCACCCGUCCCGGCUGAGCAAGUUCCCCAGGUCCUACAGGUUCCGCAACCUGCCAUGCUCCCCAAGCCUCAGGCUCCGCAGGCUCGGCAAGCUCCGCAAGUUGCCCAAGCACCCCAGCCUUUGCAAGCUCGCCCCGUAUCACCACCGCGCCAGGAACCCGUCAAGGCUGUAGCGGUACUUACACAGCAAGGUCUCCCAAGGCCAGAGAUUAGACCUUCCAGGGCGCUUCUGCCGUCUCCAAAAUCACCGCAGCCUGAAGCGCCAAAGAACGCUGUUCAGAGACGGCCGACGAUUGGGCUACCCUCAAAUCCGCGCGCACGUGGCUUGAAGAUAGUUCAAGAAUCUGGCCUUCAACGGCAACAAACUGUCAUGUUCGUCAAUAACAUUGUGUACAAUGAUCCCACGGUUGUCCAGACGAUCAUUAAGGGCGCCAACGAUCGAGCAAUAAAGGGCGCGGCGGCUCCCGAUACCCCCGGCACUGCCCGUUCAGUCGUCAAUAGACCCCGGCCAAUCCCACGGAAAGCCCCCGAGUCCCCAGCCCAAGCGAGCCCCGCCAUCAACCACAGAAGGAGCAAGUCCGGCGGCUCGUUGAGCCGGAAGUCCAUUCUGACGUCAACUCCGGGUAGCCCGACUCAGCUCCCGCCACUUCCACCUCCCCCGAGGAGUGCGGGUGUUGGGCUUCGGCCGCACCCUAACGACACCAAGAGUAUGACGUUUGACGAGAAGAUGACAAUGUUCUUUCCGGCCCCUCCAAGCGGGAAAGGGACCAAGCGAAGAUCGUCUGUCCCUGAACUGCCGCCAAUUCCGGCAACAUAUCUGGAUGACUCCUCUCCAACCGAAUCUGAGCGCCGACGUUCUAACAGAACAACGAGAACGUCUAUCAGAACUGGGAGCAUUCUAGAUGUGGAUGAGAUUACCCGGAAGCCGCUAGGGGAGACUUACCAGCUAAGCCCGCUCGCGUACCCAAGCCUUGCAGAUGAGGUUGGCAAUUCCUGGCUGCCAGGCAUCUCUACCGAAAACGAGAGCCGCAAGACACCAAACACAAAGAAUCCGUCAGAACCAGGCGCGAAACGUGCAUCGUCUCCACUAAUUCCUCCAGUACGCAGUUCAGCUUGGACAGAGACCACCGAUACCAGAACUCGAGAUACUCGUGAUGAAUUAACGACGAACUGGGGUUCCGUGUACUCUCCCGAGCUGGCUGUGAGCGUUCCAGUUCCGCAGAAAGCCUACCCCACUGCCAUACGAAAGGGCGAUCGCAAGGUUUCUGGGGCAGCUAAGACGAACGCCCCCCAAGGGGAUAGACGCGAUAGCGAUGUCUUGCCCAACGUCCAAGAUACAGCUGCGAGCCAGAAAUCGGGUGCUCGAGGGCCGCGCUCCGAGUCGGAAGUUGCGGCUAAAGCCAACCGUGCUUCUCAGGGCCAAUGGCAUCGACGGGUUGGUGACGAUUGCCCAACAUUCUCGGAUAGGAAGGAAAAGACACGCUCAAGGAAAAUGUCACCGCCCACGCCACUUCAGCUCAACUCGAUUGCCAGGAAGAACGCCAUUGUCAUUCAAGCAGAGCCAUCUCCUCUUGAAUCUCCAGAACACGCGCUGCAGCAGAUCCAGGCCCAGCUAGAGAAGUUAGAACAGCCUAAUUCGGGUGCUCUGGAGACACCGUCGCGCCGUCUAGCGCUGCUGGAGAACCUUGAGAAGGAGAUAGGACAGCAAGAGGAUCACUGGCAAGAGAUGAAGCAUGACAUAGGCCGCGAUUCAUUGUCCAGCGUCCAAACCACAUCGCCAACGAAACGGAGCUCCCGUGUCGAGUCCUUGGUGGUUCCUGUUAGCAUCAAUCAGGAUGCGUCAAUCAGGGCCAGUAUUGGGGCAGAGCGAAGGGCAUCGCGUCUUGCUCGGCUGCGAUAUAGCGGAACUAUUAAGCCCAACGACACGGCGGCACACAGCCCUGAGGGACCCCGAAUGAACAACUGGCAGAAGCGCCUGACAGAAGCCCAGGUGGAAUACAUGGACGCGGCAGCAGAACUGCUUCGCAAUCGAAAUGUCAACUACAUGUCCCUGUCCAAUGCCCAACUUGGCAGUCCCACUCCUCCGGAUUCGGACCAGUCUGACGAGGAAGCGCCAUCCCUCCAGGCGCGGCUAAAAAUUGCGAUGGCAAAGCCAGCAAAGAAAGUGCCCGAGCCAGCAUUGCUAUGGGCUCCAGCGCGUAAAUGGAGAACCGCACACACAAGUUUGCUCUGGGAGCACGUCAGGAAGAGUGCUUCAGAACACGAGCCCUUGCUCCCCGGCCUCUCUGUUAGGCCGGCGCAAAGAAAAGAGACGGCUCCUCUCCCUAUACACAGCUCGCAACUCUGGCGUAAGCCUUACUGGAAUGUCAACCACGCGGCUACCGGGCUCUGGCGACCGCCUUGGGCCUCUGCCGCACCUCCAGCGGAGUCGAUGCGACAGUCGUCACAGGCGGGAUCGCAGUCCCAGUCCCAGAAAGCCCCGCGACCGCUCACUCAGCGUCCACCCCGCCGAAACAAGCGAGUGACUCUCCUCCCCGAUAUACUCGAGAGCCCCCAGCCCUUGCCUGAUAAGCGCGGGACACUCGGGAUUUUCCAGUUCCCCUGGGGUGAGAGAUCCGACACUGCCUCCAUCCAACCGCGGCCGACUAGAAUGGCCAUGCCUGGGACAAUGACUUCGGGCGGCUCGUCCGGCAGUGCUGCUGCCGAGGCUCGGUUGAGGCAGCUUGAGGCAGCUGAAUACUCUUCGUCCUUCUUUGAUGAUUAUGACGACGAUGAAGACGGAGAGCGAAACUCGGACGAGGGGGAGGGCGACGACAGCGACGAUGGAUUUGACGAAACCACUCUCUGGGAGAUUGCCAGCCUUUUGAAGACGGACGACGUGCCCUCCAAGAAUAGCAUGUUUCUAUCGUCGACCUCGGGCUCGGUCGUCGAUGACUAUAUGGACGAGUUCCCCUCCGAUGACGAAGACCGAUCGUCUCGAGAGCAAUCGAUUAUGAUCGGCCUAGCCGAAGAGCCCCAAGAACUUCUCUUUGAGCAGCCCCGCGAGCCUCUGGUACCAGAGGCGCUACGCAUGACGGAGGCUGCAGUGGCAGGGCGGCCCACUCUCCCGACCACGGAAGAGGGGAAUGUGGCUCAAAUCUCGGCACCGGGAUUAGCCGCUGCAACACAACAGCCGAGGCCAUCCAUGAUUCCUAGACCGGUCCCCGCUCCAGUGGAAACGGCAGCGCCGGCCCCCGCUCCGACCCCCGCACCAAAGCCGUCCCAGAUACCCCGCCUUGCACCAGGCGAGAUAAAGAAGGCGAGGAUGACACGCAAGCAGGAGUCGGUCGGAUUGUGGGAUCGACCAGAGAAGCAAAACAAGGCUGCUUUGGAAGGUCUCUUUGAGGUUAACCCCAGUCGAACAGAGUACCGCACCACGCCCAACGAGCCGGCAGCCGGGUUUAUAAACCGUAAGCCUCGCCAAGCAGGCCCUGCACAGCUCGAGAAGGUGUCAUCGAUGGGCCUCUGGGUGGCUAGGAAGGAGGAGUCGUCGGCAGGUCACUGGCUCGCCGGGGGUGUGGUCAAGACGAGCAAAAUGCUCUGGGCAAACAGCAGACCGAAGGCCCGGGCUUUGGAGGGAGGUCUCUUCCAGCUUGACCCCCAUCGAACUGACUACCGGACAACAUCUUCCGAGCCGGCCGCGAAGAACAUGGAUCGUAAACCACGCCAGGUCGAGCUCAAGCCAUUGGAAGUUUUGCCGUCGACGGCACUCUGGACAAUCAAGAGCAAGCCAGAGCGGGCCGAGCAGCAUUGGAUUAUCGGCAAGUUGAAAUCCAAGGCAACGACCCGGGGCAAGGUGCCAGCUACUCGCGCGGACUGGGAGGCUGCUCUGAAGGAAGCAAUCGCGGCCAGCUACCCACAUACCAAGAGGGCCAGGCGAGUUGUGGCUACCCCGGCAGACUGGGACGCGGCGCUUCAUGAGGCUCUCACCAUCUCAGCUCGACCGACCUCGCCUCCUUUUGACGCUGCUACCUGUCACCCGGUGUUUGCUGCCAAGUCUCUCGCUACCCGUUCGGAGUCGUUCCACCCGGCGGCUACAGGAUACACCUACGACGUAGCCGCUGUCCACCCUGUCUUUUUCGGCUCGCUAGCCAUCACCUGCCCCGUGGAAGCCGUCCACCCUGUCAUGUCUUCCUACGUGGCCAAGAAGCUCCGGCACCAGCGCUCUAGUUCUAGGCGUAGCAUUCACGACCAAUCCAGUUCCCGUAGCCGUAGCCUGAGUCGCUCGGAUAGUCGGGGCAGCCGGCGGAAGGAGGAGAUGAUGGUGCCGGCACGCGUGCUUGAGCAAGUAGACAGCGAUCUCCCUCCGCCGGUGCCGCGGUUUCCGGCAGAAGUCGUCGAGGCAUUGUCAAGAAACGCCAUGAUCCAAGCCCAAGUAGAGGCACUAGAGCAGGAAAAGAUCUUUGUCCAGCGUGCUGCGCAGGAGGAGUACAAGCGGAGAGCGUCCAUCGCUAUGCUCGGACAGCCUCUGGCGGAGCCCGAGCCUAUGCCGUCGAGACCAGCCGAGACAGUGCGCUUCGACGCAUCACAGCAACGCUUAUCGAUGGGUGUCCAGACGGUGGAAGACCUGCAGCGCCAUCUUGAAUCACAGGCCCAGGUCCGCCAAUCGCUCAUGUGGACGACCGACUCGGCGUCGCCCGCAGGGCAGAACAGAUUCUGGUCUCCGUCCUCCAGCCCGCCAUCCGCCAAGGCACAAGUGCCUCGGUCAAAUCUGUGGUCUCCGAGCCGUCAGCCAUCUCGACCCAGCCGUUCCUCGACGGGCUUAUGGACGCCUCCAGCGACGAAAUCGUCGGCUGACAUCUCAGCGGCGGCCAAGGCUCCUGGUCUGGCUGUGACAACGACGGGUGAGGACGCCGAGGCUAUUGCCCGCCAUGCGCGCGGUCGCAAGACGAAGCAGGAGAAGCUGUGGUACGAGGAGAUCCUCGCGCGGAUUGCAGCCUUUGAGUCCGGGAUUGAUCCGUCGGCAUCGUUCCCAGGCCAGGAGAUGUGGACCCGCGGCGGGAGCGAGGGCGCGAGGCGGAACGCUGUUCGGGGCGGGCACAAGAACUGGCUGUCUGAUGCUAGAGAUAAUAAUCGAGUGAGUCGUGUGGUGCUGCGGUACUGAGGGGGUUUGAGCGGAGGCAGUAAAUGGUAGUUGGCACAGGGUGUUUGAGGGGACGGGGGAUGAAUACCUGUGUUUUUGUAUCUCUUUCAACUGCUCGAGGCACACGCAUGUCCUCCUUCUGAUACUUACUGUACUUUUUUUUAUGUCGUAUUCUACUUUGUGUUAGUUGGCAAAUAUCUACCCAGGCAGGUAGUUUUGUGCAUCCUAGCUCUUAAUCACGGGCAUGUCCAAUGUCUUUUUAUCGUGAGCUCUUCUCUCCUUGCGCCGAGUUCAAGUGAAACGGAUGUUGCUUUCUCGCUUCUCUCCAACUCAUCAUUUCAGGGGCAAACAAGGCUCGGCCAG